AUGGCCCAGGAUAAUCAAAAUUGCAUGGAUUUUAAUCAAUCCGAACGUCAUUAUAUAGGAGAUUUGUUAGAUGAAGAUCCGUCAAGUCCAAGAAAGAGUGGUAAGUCUAUAUUUUUGAUGUUUUUCGGUUUUUAGGUAAAUCAAGCGUGGGUUUUGUGGUUAAAAGAGAUUAAGUUGAAUAUAGACAAGGAGUUUGUGUAAAGUUAAAAGUUUUAUAGAGAAUUUGACGAUCUAUUUUGGAGUAAUACUUUUAAAUUCUUCUUUAAUCAUAGUUUUUUACCACAUUUUACUUUAUUUUUCAACUUCAGAGCCCCAAAACAAUUUGUCAACGGAGUUUGCCGACUACACAACAUCUGUAACCGACUUCUCCACUUUUUCAUCUUUCUCAGCACCAGUUUUGGGUUCUAGUUCGUCAGUUUUGAUGCAUAACAAUGUUGGACCAUCACCGAAUCAAGCGUUUUGGCCCGAACCUCCGCCACCCUACACUCCGCCGAUGGGUUUGAUGCCUAUGGUGGAUUGGGACGGAGUUCCGUAUACCAGCAAGAACUAUGGGUAUACUGGGGUUUAUCCAAAUCAAACUCCACCGUUCUAUCAGCUGGACAAUCAAUACUACGAACAGUGCUACAACUUGUUGAUGAAGCCAUUUGAUGGAGUUGCGGACAAAUUCAAGAAACAACAGUUGAAGAAGUUCCGCAAGAAUAGGUCGAGAAACAACUUGAGUCAAGGCUCGAGUGGUUCUGCUGGUAAUUUUGGUAAUGGUGAGUGUUUUGCUUUGUUUUUGAGGUUUUAGGCAACAAAAGUUGGAAAGGUGAAGACUGGGCUUUGCAAAGCGCUUUGAAGAGGGAUAGGAAGUUUAAAAAAGGCUGUAAUUUGGAAUUUUAAGUAACAAAAUUUAGAAGAAUGAAGGUAUAGUUAUUGAUGAAGAUUAAGAUUGAAAAUUAUUUUUUUUUGGUUUUAGGUAACAAAAAUUGAAAAUUAGACGUUUUAUGCUUUAAAAAAGGCCUCAAAUUUCAAAAAUUGUUUCAUUACCUAAAUAAUAUAUUUUCAGUCUCCAAACCGUUAUCACGGAGAUCAAGUGAAAUGGCAAUGAAAACCCUCAAAAAGGAAAAUAAGCCAGCCCAACCGAAGAAAGGUGCUCAACUAACCCAACUUAACGUAAAAGAGGAAGAGAAGCCGAAAAAGACUGUCAUCGGUUGGAAUCCAAUCGAAUCUGAUGCCAAAACCAUCAAAAGUGCACCAGUCGGAUCUUCAAAAGUACCCGACUUUAAACAAGAAGUGAAGAAGGUGGUAGAACAAAAGAAAAAGAAGAACAAUAGUGGCAGCAAGAGUCAGAAGAUCAGUCUUAAUGUUCCUGGCGGCAAGGAUUUGAACGUGGUGAAGAAGGCGGAGGAAAGAAAGAGUCGAUCGUCUUCAAAGGAUAGCAUGGUGAAGGAGAAGAGUAAUAAGACUAGGAAGUCGGAGAGUUUGAACAAUAAAAUUGGUAAGGAAACGAGAUUUUUAAAUAUUUUUUGAAAUUUAGGUAACAAAUAUUGUUUUUGGUCCACAAGUAGAUGGAGUUAAGAGCAGACGAGUUACUUUUUAUCUGGCGGGAGAGGGUAGAAGUUGCCAACUUUUUUUAUCUUUUAAAUCAACGGGGGGCGGGUUCACGUUAAUAUUUUUUUUUCAAAAAAAAAUUUGGGGGGGCGGGGGGAAGAGUAAACAUGAGAAAUUUUUAUAUUAUAAUCGGCCAUAAAAGACAAUUUUACGUUCUAAAGCACUAUUUUAACCUUUAAAAACUAUAACAUACAUCAUUUUAGACAUGAAGAAGAACCCAUCCUUUGAAAGCGUGGAGAAUAUCCUGAACAAGACCAAAUUUGUGGACAAGAAUGACGACGGUGAAGAUUGCUUUAACUGUGACAAAACUGAUGUUUUCUUCAAGUACAUCAUGCUGUUCGUCAUGUUCUUGUCAAACAUUACUGUCAAUUUGGUUUUGAACUACAUCUACAAGGCUUUCUACUUGGCUUUUUCAUUGUAAGUGAAAGGGGAACUUCUUCUCUAGCUAUGCUCUAUAACCUUCCUCUAGUUUUUUUUACUUUUUUUUAUAUUACCUUUAGCUAUUAUAACAUACUUGCUAUUUUAGCUGUUACUACGGAAUUGUCUCAUUAAACGAAAAAGUAAUAACAACAGUCAAGUCGUUCUUUAAAUGGUCGAUAAUCUACGGAGACCUGGCUUUGGACUAUAUUCACCUUCGCUACGACAACAAUUUAAAGUAUUUUGAUGCGAAGAAUCAGGGCUUAGUGAAGAAGUUUGUAGGACUGGAAUACAAUCUACCACAACCAUUGGCAGUCCACGAGUCAAUCAAUAGGCUAUCGAAUUUGGAUCGGUUGGACGCUUUUUCAGUAUUAGGCCUAAAGUACACCACCAAUAUCGGGGACGUUAUUAAUGCGAGGAAUGGUACAGUCAGCUUUCUGAAUUCGGAGAAGGUGGGGGUUUUGGAUUAUUUUAAUUUUAGGUAUCAAAAAUGUUUUAAUUUUUGUUAAUAUUAGGUAUUAAAAGUAUUUAUUUUGACUUUUUUUUUGAAAUGCGAAAGAAUUAAUGGAUUUGAAGUAAAAUUGAAGUAAUUUGAAGUAAAAAUAAAAAAAUUUUUGGGAAUUUUUAAAAAUUUCAUUGUUAAAAGAUAGUAUUAAUGCCAUUUUAUGUUAUAUACGAUCUUAUUUUACAUAUUAUAGAGCUUCUACCCGGCCAUAGACUGCGCCAUCGCGUUGAUCAAUAAGGCCGCCGACUCUUUGUGUUCAUUAGAUGGGUGCAAACGCUAUUUUGACGAAUUUUCAACUGUAAGUUGGGAUAAAAAUCAAUUUUUUAAAAGAUUGAUUUUUAUUUUUUUUAAUUUUUAGAUUUUUUUGUUACCUAAAAUCUAUUUUCUUUCGAUUUUUAAAGUUUUUGGUACCUAAAUAUAGAAAGGGCAAAGAAAUUUGGUUUCUAUGAAUUUUUAACUCAAAAAGCCUUUUCGAAAAUAAAAAAAAAUUAAAAAAGUUCAAAAAAUUUAAAUUAAAAAAAAUAAAAAAGAUUUUUACUUUCAGUUUGAUCAAAACCUGUUCUACGAGUAUCUAAAACUGCGUGCUGUUGUCUUCAACGCCGACUAUUAUUUCGGCUGUGAAUGUGGUGUAGCUCACCGUGUGCAUCGUCUCCGAGGACCACCUUCACGCUACUGCCAGAAGUGUCGAUGCUUUCAUUCGGCACGGAACCGAGAGGUGUGGAUGGAGGCUAAAAUGUACGGAUUGAGCUGGAAUGCCUUUGCUUGUGUUGAUAAUGCCGUCUAUGACAUUACGGAUUGGAUCAGUUGCACGGUAGGUGGGGGAGGGGAUCUGCUGCACGGUAGGUGGAGGAGAGUGGGGUCAUUUUGGGGGAGCGGGAGGGUCAUUUAGAGGGUGGGUUGGUAAUGUGGGUAGGGUAGGACUGGGCAACAAUUUUUUUUUAUUUUUAAUUUUUUUAUAAAAAUAAUAUUUAUCCAUUUCAGCACAACUACAUCAAGAAUCCUCGCAUCAACUCUCACAUGGUCCUGUUCCAACUCAAAAAAGCCGAAACUACUCCGCCCUUGACGAUCCAAUCCCACAACUACAUGAAGAUCACCUCCAAUCUCUGCCCACACAAAAUGCCAUCAGCAUAUUGUGCUGUGCAAAAGAAUGGCACAUGCUUACGAUGCGAAUCUUGUGUUCUAUGUCAUGGCCGAUUCAAAGAGCUUGACGUAACGCAGGAACCAUUGAUUAUCAUGAUUGGCGUGUUCGAGGUGUUGUCAACGUGCUCCAACGUGGUCGACUAUUCGAUGUUGGAACGGCCGAAGAAGGCGGGCCGACGGAGAUGA